AUGUCGAUAGAUCGCAGUACCCAGAAACACUAUCCUCGCGUCGCUGUCAGUGGCCCAAAUUGGCAGGAUCGGGCUGAUGCCACCCUUCAAGUUCCUGAUGGUGGGGUCCGAAGCCCUGACGGAUUCCCGCAGACAAUCAGUCUCAGUGCUGACGACGGUACUUACGGGGCACGACGACGCCCCGCGACUCGUGGUGAAACCAACCUCGAGCUGGAAUGGGACGAAGACAACAUUUUUUCAGCACUCAAACCAGCGAAGCAGCAACACCAGCAGUUUUCGCAGUUUUCGCAGCAGCAGCAGCAGCAGCAGCACAACAACAUCAAUCAUCGAUCGGGGCGCCACCCGACGCAUACGCACAUCCCAGCCGCCCCAUCCACGCCGCCAGCCGACCAGCAGAGCCCGGCAGAGGCAGACCAGCAGCACCCACAGCAGCAGCAGGAGCAGCAGCAGCAGCAGCGCUUUGAAGGACGCCAGAGGAACAAUUACCGAGCCGAUCCUCCCACUCCUCCCAGCCCCAGUGCCAAUGCCAAGGCAAAUAGCAAUGGAAAUGCCCUAAUACCCGCUAGCGCUCUCUCCUCCCUCUCCGCCUCAACCUCAACCUCACCCUCGCCGUCGGUCUCACCCUCGCCCUCACCGACGCCGGCCGACUUUCCCUUUCCCUCCACCCUCACCGCCGCCCGAUUCAAAAUCCCAACCGCCCUUAGCUCGUACAGUGCCGCAGACCUUCCGUCUCCCCACGCCGCCUCAACAAUUGAUGGUGCCGCGUCCUCGGCGACCGUCUUGAAAACCCUGCGCAAGAAGCCCUCGCGGUACAGGCAGCGCUCUCCCCGAUUGAGAUUUCGAGCACUGGCGGCGGGCCCUUAUUACCCUGACCAGUGGCCAAAUGCCAAUUUAAACUCCAUCGUCACGCGAUCCGCAGAUCCUCUUGUCCCGCGACAGAAAAGCGACCGAGGCGCACCCGUCGUGAAUUCUGCACGAGGCCUGAAAUCUUUCCCCCACCACCUCGACCUUGUUCACAGCCCGGCGCCUUUCCGUGGCGGCGACGAAAACAGUUCAGACGUCGUCUGCCACUCACCCAUCUCUAGCGUCAACCACGACGCCAUCGCCGCCGCCGUCGCAGCCGCCAACCAGGACGACGACGAUCUCGAUCUCUCCCUGCGCAAGGCCCUUACCCUGCGCACCCUCGACUCGGCAAAGUCGUUCGCCGAACGCACCACGGGAGCCGCCGCGACAGCGACAACGACAACGCCAACGACGACGACGGCGACAAGGGCCACGAUUGUCACUGCCCCCGCCUCUUAUUCUACCGAUAACCUCCUCUCCAACUAUCAGCCCUACUCUCGCCCCAAAAACAUGACCACUUCCACCACACGCUGGGUCGAUGCCCCGACCAGCUUUGGCGGGACGCAUCGCGACGCCGAUCACCAACACCACGAUGACGCCGCACCAAUGUCGCCCAAGUCCAAGAUCAAGAGUCCCAUCUUUGCCUUCCUCUCUAGGAGUCGAAAGGGCGACCUAGUCUCCGCCGCGCCCGCCUCUCCAGGGCGCGCCCCCGAAACUCCGCAACUGGGUCGCCCCGCCGCUUCCCGCGCUUUAUCGAGGCGGGUGGCAGGGCGCGUUGUUGUCCGGUGCAUGAAUUCCUCCAUUACCCUCCCUAUUACGCCCACGACGACGCCCGUCGAUAUCCUACACUCCGCCGCAAACCUUAUCACCCAUCGCAUACGACCCGAGUCCUCCAUAGUCGUCGAGUCCUAUCUCCAAUAUGGACUUGAGCGCCGCCUACGCCGUUAUGAGCUCCACCCCGACGGGGCCGACCCCGUCCCCGACAACCCGGAGCUGCUCGAAUCCGUUUCCGUGCCCCGCACCUACGAGCCCCCUUACGCUUUCACCCUGCAAAUGUACCACUGUGCGCGCGUGGGCAAGUGGACCAAGCGCGUCAUCACCCUGCUCGACACGGGCCAGAUCUUUGCCGCCAAGAAGCCCGGCGCCCAGCCCUCGGACAAGGACUCGGUUUCCCUGUGCCACUUGUCCGACUUUGACCUGUACACGCCCACCGAGCACCAGUCCCACGUCUUCCCCAACGGCGAGAACUUUGUGCACUUCUUCUGCACCGACGACUCGCGCAUGGCCCGCCUGUUCCGCGAGCAGGUGCACGGGUGGAGAAGCUGGUACCUCGUCAACCGCAAGCUGGAGGCCGAUCCGCCCAGCGUCGGGCGCAAGGCCUCGCAGCGAUCCGUCGGCCGCAACGGCGCGCGGCAGUCGGUAGACACGCCUUACGCCAUCGGCACGUUCAAGCCCCUGAUGGACAUGGACAUUUUCGAAAAGUCGUACGACGACCCUACGGCGUCAGACCCCGCUGCCGCGGCCGCGGCUGCGGCUGAUUCCCCCUCACGGCUCGACGCCUCGCAAGCGCCUCUCCAAGGGAAGCCUGCGCCAGACCACGAGCAGGACCUCACGCCCACGCCCGACUUUGACGCCAAAGGCCUCCUCGGCCAAGGGUACGAGGAACGCAAGCAGGAACAGCUACGACGCACAGGCACGCAGCGCCGCCGCGCCUCCAUCGACGAAGACGGACCUUUACCGAGGGACCCAGCCUGGUCAACAGCAUUCCCUCGGCCGCGCACGAGCAGUCGCAUCCCCUCUCCCCGCGCCCGUGGACUCCACGGCCCUCCGCCGCGGAGAAUCACGCUACCGGCCCACCACGGCAGACGCGAGCCGCCAGCGCAGCCAGCGUCGCCCCGCGGCCCGGGCGAGCAGUCCUCGGCAUCGGUGCGGACGACGCGCACGGUUUCGGGCGCGCGCAGGACCGCGCCGCACGACGUGUCGCCGCCCCCGGGCAUGCCUAAGCCUCUGCUCGAUUUCCACGAUAACCCCGAGGAACCCGCCCCUCGUGGAGGAACCAAGUGCGCGUGGGCAACGCCCCCCUCGGCGGCGUCGUCCUCGGCCCGCAACCACUACGCGCCCCAGCACCAGCACCAGCACCAGCAACAGAGCAGGGAGGGCCCGUUUGUAAGGCACCCGCAGGGCGAGACGCUCUUGGGCCAGCUGGAGCGCAGCCAAUCGGUCGCGUCCAGCUCGUCGCGGUAUCGGGCGGCGAGGAGGGCGCGCGGGGAUGAAGAGCCGAUGCCGCCGCUGCCUCCGCAGGGGACUACGCUGCUGGGUCAACUAGAGGCUAGGCAGGUGGCGGCAGCGGGGUCGAGGAGCCGGAGCGGGACGGUGAGGUGA